GAGCCCAGUCGGAAACGAAAGAUUGAUGCGAGCUUACUCCUUAAUGUCGAACACCGCGCACGUGAAUAAAGUUAUUCUCUUCGUCACACGUUGUUUUGUGACAGAAAGUGGAGUGAUUAACAAUUAAAAGGGAUUUAUUGAAUGAAAACCUACUUCAUUUGUCUCGAAAUUUUUAUCCAAACAGUGAAAUUAAACAAGGAUCUAUUGUUUGUGUUUUAAGAGGAUAUGCCGGUUCACUAAUUGCUGUUAGCGGAGUCAUAUCUUCGAAGAUGGGACGGUAAUCGCCGAAAUGCGGUGGUUCCGCAAGGGUGAGCCGCCACGGCUGCUCGCCGUAUCACCGGAAACCGAACCUCGAACCACGCGACCCUCUAGAAAUGAUUCGUCACCAGUAAGUUACUUGCAAAGAAAAAGUAGCAGCAGUUCGGUUGAAACGAAUUUCUAUAACCUAAACGAACAAGUGAUAACGGUUGAAAAAUCGCAGCACCCGUGUCACAAUAAUGAACACACACCGGUUACUCGACGAAUAUCUUUGCAAAAUAGUCCUACUUCCUUACAAGAGAGUUGUGGUUCUAGCCGAAAGAAUCGUGCAGGUUCCGUAGAAAAGGAAUACAUGGUGUAUCGCGAAAAACGAAAUCCUUUACUAGAUAAAGUGAAAAAUACGAAACUGUCAUGCUUUAAGUCGAACGGUACUUUUCGAUACGGUGAUGAUGCGGCGUCUACUUCAGGAAGUGAAUGUAGUGGCUUCGGACACGUCGAAGACGUUAGUCAAAAUCGAUAUCCAGAAUCUUAUCCAGAACCACACAUCGAGUUCGAAAAUCACAACCCAUGGGUUAAAAUGCAACAGUAUGAAGACGAAGUUUUUUAUCCAAAAAGCCCUGUAGAAUGUAAUUGGAGGGAAGGCAAAUCAUUCACGAAUCGAGGAACUAGAUGUUACAGUUCAGGAUCAGAGUGUGAUCGAUAUCAUGCCACACCAAAAACAGCUACUAAACUUUCUAAAUCCAGUGAUCAAAUUUUUAAUGAUGAUUAUGAAUACUCAGAUACACCCGUUGCCAUAAUAUCCGACAGUAAGACUGAUAAGUAUAAGAAUAAAAAUGAAAAAGAUACGAUAGGACCGAGCUCAUGUCUUUCCGCUAAGAUUCGAGCUAUGUCGGACCGGUAUUUGAAAUCCUCAAAUAGAAUUUUAUCUAAACUCUAUAAACAAAGUGGGGAAGACAAUGACACACCCCACAGCAUGACUGAGAAUAUUUCAAAAUCAAAUAGUAGAAGCCGCAAGAAAAAAGGGGGAGUCAAAGCAAAACUCAGAAGCUUUUCUUACGGUGCACUACCCGGUCUAGAUGAAUUUCAAAAAACUCAAAGUGCCGUAUUUCACGAUGAAGUCUUCAACAUCUCUUGUGAUGAUGAAAACGUGUUAUUGCAAGACUGUGAGGAUGCAGACUCUGGAAUACUAGUCAAUGAAUCAGCUGCGUCUUCUAUGUUUGAUAACGAUAGAAUACCUCGAUGUGAAAGUUCCGCAUCGCAAACAAAUUCUCAGGGACCUUGUCAUAGUAGAAGUGUGUCCGGCGACCAAAGCUUUGCUAAAGUUAGAGUUUCACAUAGAAAGAGUAGAGAGAGGAGUGAAUUUCCUAAACCAAAACCAAGAAAUUCCCAAAGAGCUCUAUCGUUAGAUCGUAAAGAAAUACUACGGCGAAUGCCAAAGAACUGUGAUACUGAGGAACCUCAAUAUCUUCAAUUAACGGAGAAACAGAGAAUGCGUCAAAGAGAUGCUAGUCAAGGUGACUGUGGAAUUCCACCUAUACCGCCAUGUCGCAAGCCCUUAAAGCACUUGAGUAAACCUCAAUCGGAGUUCAAAGUAGUAAAAAUAAUAAGAAAUUGUCCUAAUGAUGAACUGGGUAUAUUUAUCGCUAAGACAAAGCUGUCAGACGAAGGACAUAUUGGAUACCUGGUGGCACAUGUUGUACCGGGAGGUUUAGCAGCAAAGGAGGGCUCUCUGCGUAUCGGCGAUGAAUUGCUCAAUGUAAAUGGACGAAGACUUCGAGAUCUUACCAUGGCAGAAGCCAAAGAUGCAUUACGAUCUGGAGCGGCAGAAAUCGACAUAGUUAUUUGCAGACAGCGGGAAAAAAGUUCAGUUGAAAUCCGCCAACGGGAACCAAAAAAGCCUGGUGUCUUAAUGCGAGAAAGUUCCGUAGACUAUGAAAACGCAGUCAUAUUGGGGAAGGAAAGAGGCGUCAAUAAAUAUGACGUCAGAAUAGCGCGUCAUCAGAACCAGGAUGACACUGGCUGUAAUCGCAAAGGCUUAUCAAUCGAGCCGGACAACGCGACGGCCACGCAGUCGCAUUUCCUAAAGGGUCAGAACGCGAGCUACAGCAGUAUGAAUAACAAGCUCCUGCGCCGACAGGUCGUUAGUUACGGCGGUGCGAACAAGGAAACAAUGACGUUAAGUUGUACGGGUGAUAUCGUUGACGUUGACGUGCCAGAUGGAGUGACAGAUCGUGUUGAGACAAAAGAAGACACUGAAAUACAGACUCCUAACGCGGCAAACUUCUGUACUCUACCUCGCAGACCAAGAGCGCCUACGCAUACAUAUCACACAAUUACCUUCGAAAAAGGCCACGGAAAGAAGCCAUUGGGAUUUACUAUUGUGGGAGGACGAGAUUCGCCCAGAGGUCCUUUGGGGAUUUUCAUAAAAAGUAUUUUACCACAAGGCCAGGCGAUAGACGAUGGCAGAUUAAAAGCUGGAGAUGAAGUGCUAGCAGUGAAUGGACAAGCGUGUCAUGAGUUGGCACAUAUUGAAGCAUUAGCACUUUUCAAAGCUGUGCGAAGUGGACCCAUCGAGUUACGAGUUUGCCGUAGAGUGAAAAACCAAUCUGCUAAAGCCAAGUCAUGCACAGAUCUUCUAAAUGAUGACGAUUGAGGGAAAGAGAAUUGAGUCAGGAACUUCAUCAGAUGUUUGAAAUUCGACCUUAAUACGGCGAAAUAAAGCCGCGUUUCCGAUGGUCAUUUGGUAAAGGUAAACCCCGCUGUAAAAUAUAUUGUAUUUUUCGCUAAAUCGUAAACUUAAGGACAAAACCAAAAUGACGUAUGUAUUUUGUAGAAAACAUGUGUACGUGACAAAUGGCAUUUAAGCUAGCAACUGAACGUAGUCAAAUGACAAGAAAAUUAAACUGUAGUAGCUGGUUGUUCACAUAAAUCUAAUAUCUAACUUAACCUAAUUUUUCCCUAUCCUUUUAACUCCAAAAUAUAGGAGAACUUUAUCUAACCAAAUUGGUAGUAAUUCACUCCUAUUUUUAUAUAAUGUGCCAUUUUAGCGCUUUAUAAGGAUUAACUAGUUUCUAGUUGUUAAAGUCAUAUGCAUACUAUAAAUCUCAAUUACUUCAAGAAUGAUAAAUGAUAGAGACAAAACAUUUAUAGUAUGUCUAUGAAAUGAUUAAACGCCUUUCUGGGUUUUGUAUGAAAACCUGUAUCCAAAGAUAGUUUCAUAACGCCACUAAUAUGCAAAUUAACCUUGUUUUCAUAAUAUCUACUAAGAAGAACAAAAUAGUUAUUUUUCCUAAAUCGUUAAUCUAAGUGACUAUCUAUUAGUGUCAAUGUUUUCUAUUACAAAUCUAUUAGUAUUCUUUAAUUUAUUAAACUCAGGUAUAUUAAAUAAUUAUUAUUAUUAAAUUCAUAAUACGAAGCAUAUUGUUCAAUUUUUAUGUAAAUUUUGGAUGCCAAGUUUCUU